UCUCCUAGAAGCUGAGAAGUGCUCUGUGUGUUGUCGCUGUGCGCCUCUUGUCUCCGCCCCCUCCCGCUGCCUCUUCAUGACCCGCAGUGGACGUGUGCGACACCAUCCUCAGCGACUGAGUUUCUGCUGCAUUUAGCCUCUGGUGGACUGGAGCUCUCACGGGGGAGAUGGAGCUGCGGGGGAGCUGUGAGUAGGAGCUGCAGGCGCGGGAGCGGACAGCAGUGCGGGGCACAGCGCGGGAUUGAAGCCGUUGUAAAUGUAUGUUUUAUCCACAAUGGCUGAACAUCAUCCUCCACCACUGGAUACCACUCCGCUACUAACAACUGAUAUUCCACUUCUACCUGCGCCCAUUGUCAAUGGAGAAGGCAGCCAGCAGGUUAUUUUGGUCCAGGUCAACCCAGGGGAAGCAUUUACAAUAAGAAGAGAAGAUGGACAGUUUCAGUGCAUUACAGGUCCUGCUCAGGUCCCUAUGAUGUCCCCGAAUGGCUCGGUUCCUCCAAUCUAUGUGCCUCCAGGAUAUGCUCAGCAGGUGAUUGAAGACAAUGGUGUGCGGAGAGUUGUAGUGGUUCCACAACCUCCAGAGUUCCACACAAGUGGUCAUCCUGUCAUACAUCGGCCACCUCCCCCUCUGCCUGGUUUUAUACCACUUCCUGCUAUGAUGCCUCCACCUCAUCGCCAUAUUUACUCAGCUGUCAGUGCAGCAGGAGAUAUGACUUCCCAAUACACCCCUCAGUAUCACCCUUCACAGGUAUAUGGAGAUUUAGAUGCUCUUUCUACUCACGGGAGGUCUGGACUUAGGGAUGAGAGAUCAAGUAAAAUCCACGAACGCUUACAGAAGAAGUUGAAAGACAGACACGGUGCACAGAAAGACAAGCUGAAUAGUCCUCCCUUUUCACCCAAAAAAAGCACGUCUCCUGUCAGUGAAUCUAAUGGAAUUAUUAAAGGGCAGAAUAGCCCGGGGAUAAAUACAGGACAGUCGAAGACCAAACAGAAAGGAAAGAAUUCAUCCCAGGUAGAAACAGAAAUACAAGAAAAAGAUGAAGAGACAAAAGCACUAGAAGCGGAACUUUCCAAUAUUUUGAACCCAGAGGUAUCAGACAUUCAAGCAAGAUCGGUAAUACUGACUUGGUCGCCUCCUUCUAGUCUGAUCAGUGAGGAAAAUGACGGAACGGUUACCCCUGAAGUUUACAUCUAUGAGAUCCUAUUAUCAAACAAUGGGAAGGAUGGGAAGUACAAGGUUGCAUAUAGUGGAGAGAAAACCAGUGUUACUGUGGAUGAUUUGCGACCUGCAACAGAUUAUCACGCCAGAGUGCAGGCAGAAUUAAACUGUGUGAAAGGAAAUCCUUCUGAAGCGGUAAGCUUUACCACCAUGAGCUGUGAGCCAGAAACGCCCAACCCUCCGCGAAUUACCAACCGGACCAAAAAUUCACUUUCCCUCCAAUGGAAGGUGUCUUGUGAUAAUGGUUCAAAGAUACACAAUUACCUUUUGGAGUGGGAUGAAGGCAAAGGAUGUCAGGAAUUCUGCCAAUGUUACUAUGGACUUCAGAAGCAGUUUAGAGUAACCAAACUGUCUCCAGCAAUGGGAUACACUUUCAGACUUGCAGCAAAAAAUGACAUGGGCAUGAGUGGUUUCAGUGAAGAAGUUCUGUUCUACACCUCGGGCAGUGCUCCGACAGUGCCAGCAAGCCCAGUGCUCCUCAAAGCUGGAAUUAGUUGGCUGUCACUGCAGUGGACUAAACCCUCAGGUACUCCGUCGGAUGAAGGGAUUUCUUAUAUUUUGGAAAUGGAAGACGAAACCUCGGGCUAUGGAUUCAAGCCAAAAUAUAAUGGAGAUGACCUUACAUUCACAAUAAUGAACCUGAGGCGCAGCACAAAGUACAAGUUUAGGGUUGUUGCAUAUAACUCAGAAGGGAAGAGCGGUCCAAGUGAAGUAGUGGAGUUUGUCACCCGUCCAGAUAGGCCAGGUGCACCCGCAAGGCCUUCUGUGAAAGGAAAGGUUCAUGCACAGAACUUCCGCCUAGUUUGGGAUCCACCUAAAGACAAUGGAGGAGCAGCAAUUACUAAAUACACCGUGGAAAUAUCUGAAGAGCAAAAUGGAAACAAUUGGGACACAGCAUACUCUGGACUUGGGCGAGAACAUUACUGUGACCACCUGAGUCCUGGCUGCUCCUACAGGAUUCGUGUUUUCUGCGAUAGUGAAGGUGGACAAAGCUUGGCUUCAGACACUUUGACAGUACAGACCCCAGCUGUGAUACCGGGACCUUGCCAACCACCAAGACUACAAGGCAAACCACGGGCAAGAGAGGUCCAGUUACGAUGGGCACCCCCUCCAGUAGAUGGUGGAUCUCCAGUCACCUGCUACAGCCUGGAGAUGUCUACUUGUGAAGGUGAACAGAGAGAGGUAUACCAAGGAAAUGAGGUGGAGCACACAGUUUGCGGCCUUCUUCCCGGAAAAGUUCACAGCUUCAGGAUACGUGCAGCAAACAAAGCUGGGUUCGGACCAUUUUCUGAAAAGUGUGAUAUCACAACAGCACCAGGACCCCCAGAUCAGUGCAAACCACCUCAGAUAAACUGCAGAUCUGCAACAUGUGCACUUAUACACUGGGAGACCACCAAUAAUAAUGGUGCAGACAUCACUGAGUACAGAGUGGAGUGGGGAGGCAUGGAAGGCAGCAUGCAAAUUUGCUACUGUGGACCUGGCUUUACCUACGAGAUAAAAGGUCUUUCGCCAGCAAUUGUCUACUACUGCCGGGUUCAGGCUGUGAAUGUUGCUGGUGUAGGCCUCUUCAGUGAAGUAGUCGCAUGUUUGACUCCUGCUUCUGUACCAGCAGCCGUGACGAACCUCUGGGGAAUGAAGGAAGAUGAAAUAGAGAGCCCACAUUAUUCUCCCUCCACCUGCCUUGCUAUACAGUGGGAGAGGCCGUGUGACCACGGCUCAGAGAUUUCUGGCUACAGUAUAGACUAUGGUGACAAGCAGACCAUCACAGUAGGAAAGUCAUCAAGCUACAUUAUAGAACAAUUACAGCCAGACACCACAUACAGAAUAAGGGUUCAAGCCCUAAACAGUCUGGGAGCAGGUCCUUUCAGCCACUCUGUAAAACUGAAAACCAAACCCCUUCCCCCAGAGCCGCCACGUCUGGAAUGUGCAGUGUAUAGUCACCAGAGCCUUAAGCUGAAAUGGGGAGAUGGUGCGUCCAGAGCGAUCCCAACAGACUCCGUUCAGUAUCACCUACAGAUGGAGGACAAGAGUGAAAGGUUUAUAUCCUUAUACAGAGGACCAUGUCAUACGUAUAAGGUACAAAGAUUAAAUGAGUCCACAUCAUACAGAUUUCGCAUUCAGGCAUGUAAUGAAGCUGGAGAGGGACCCUUCUCCGCAGAAUAUGUUUUUACAACCCCCAAGUCCCUCCCUCCUGCACUGAAAGCUCCACGGAUAGACCGAAUAAAUGAACACACCUGUGAAGUCAUCUGGGAGUCCCUGCCUCCAAUGAAGGGAGAUCCAAUCAUCUACAUCCUUCAGAUUAUGGCUGGAAAAGACUCUGAUUUUAAACAGGCAUAUAAGGGACCCAAUACGUCACACCGAUACUCUGCCCUCCAUUUGAACUGUGAAUAUCGAUUCCGCGUAUGUGCCAUUCGCCAGUGCCAAGAGGCUGCUGGACCUCAGGAUUUGACUGGUCCUUACAGUGCCACAGUCCUCUUCAUCUCACACAGGAACGAGUCACAAAGCAACACCAGCAAAGACAUUACUGAACCCACAAGGACAACAAGGACGCUGAGUGACGAGCAGUGCGCUGCCGUCAUCCUUGUGCUGUUUGCUACAUUCUCCAUCCUGAUUGCCUUCAUUAUCCAAUACUUUGUUAUAAAGUGAAGGAAACCCAUUUAGCUUUAUCCUGAUCCCUAUACCUUUUUUUUUUUUUUUUUUUUUUUUUUACUUUACAUCCUCUAAAGAGAAACAUACAUUUUGUUUUCCAAAUUGUCUUGCUUUUAAAGAAAACAUGGUGCCAUGUAGUACAGCGCCAGGACUACAGUAGCAUGUCACAUGGUCACUUGUGUCAGCCACAAUGCCUGUACCAUUGUAUGGUCCUGAGUAAUGAAGGCACAAGCCAGACAGACCUCGACUCGUAUGCCAUCAGAUGUGAUGUUUACACACGUCCAACGUUCCUCAGCUCUUUCAUGGUUAAAAGAUUGACCAAGGAUGAUACAGAUUUAUUUAAGGGUCACCUUAAGUGCUGCAAAAAAAUAUAUAUACAUUGUUGAAAAGCGGGGGUGUUCUUCUCAUUGUACUUCUACCUCCUCUGUGUCUCCUCUUUUUGCCGCCUGGUGCAUUGCCCUCUCUGGUGGCAGCAGGGUAUUAACUAAUCUGAAUACGGCAAUUUGUCUCAACUCAGGCAGUAAAUAUAACUGGAAUUUCUAGAAUAGUAUGUCAGGUGAAUCAAGAAAUAAGAGAGAAAAAGAAGAUUUAGAAGAUAUUUAUUGUAGAUAAUACAGAUGGCACAACUGGUUUAUUUUAUCUAAUGAAGCUCUAUCAGAAGAAGACGUAUGCCUUCCAGAGAUGUGAUAGGAAUUGUCCUUUUUGAGGCUAAGCAGGUUAAUUUGCUUGCUUUUAGCACAAGGCACCAGCCCUUUUAUCUAAAGUGGAUGAAGCACCUUUGCUUGGACAAAACAUGUGUAGAAGGGUCAUUUCUGCUGAUCACAAUGACAUAGUCCUCUCGUGGCAGGCUGAUACCUUAAGGCCCCUAUACACAUUACACUGUUGUCUGCCGAACCCGCCAUUUUCGGUGUAAAUGGCCAAGAGUCUAACGUGUAUGGGUAGCCUCUUGGCACUUUGAAUUAGAACACCCAAUCAUUUUGUUUUCCAGGGAGAUAAGCCACCGCUAGAAGUGUCUGCCAAUCGCCUUCUCCUCCCUCACCAUUGGAAACACAUACACGCUGUGGAGGGUGUGUGGGCACCUUUUAAUAGGAUGUUUGCAAGGAAUGUGAUGGUUGCAUUGAUGCUGGUGGCUAGGAAGAAAUGUAGACUGUAUAUUGUGUAGACUAGUCUGUUAAAAGACAACAGAGAGGAAGCCAGUAUCACAUCUGAGAUCUAGGUUGUCCAUUAUAUCUGCUCCACUCUCAGUGCUAUGACUUUCUCACAUUUUAUUACUUGUAUUAGUAAUACGGUUUAUAAGAUGCACAAAAACACUUUAUACUUAGAGCAUCUUUCCACAAUGGACCAGCUUCCAGAAACAGACAUUCAUUGGUCAGCACUCCAAAUAAGUGAUAUAAGAGCCCAGUACACUUAUGAGAAUGGGAACAUCGCUCACACCCUGUAAAAGGGCUUCUAGCCAGUCCAAGAACGGUUGGCCCUUUCUGGGCUUUCAUCGGUUAUCUCAGCAAGGAAAGUGAAAUAAUUAUCAUGACAUAUAUUGUGUUGAUGAAUUGUCCAUGCGGUAGUUGGCACUUCAUAUAUAGAAAUAUUUAAAAAAAACACGGACAAAGAAAGCAAGAGUUUUCCAGGACAUUAAUACUGAUGACCUAUCCUCUGGGAUACACCCAGGACCCCCGCCGAACAGCUGUUCGAGAAGACAUCGCCUCACCAAGCACAGCGCCAUACAUUAUAUGCAGAGUUGCCCCUAGGCCACUUGACCUAGGGAAAGCUGCAAAAAUGCCGUGGCGCUACUGUGAGCGUCGCUGCAUUCUCAAACAGCUGAUUGGCGGGGGUCGGACCAGUACCGAUCAGAUAGUGAUGACCUAUCCAGAGGUUGGGUCAUCAGUAUAAAAGUCUCAGAAAACUCCUUUAAGCAUUCUAAUAAUAAUGCUACAAUUGUAGAUGUAAUAAUUAGUCCACACAAGUUAGUGGUUCUACAGUGUAAAGGUUUUUAUGCGUUUCUUUGACCUCGUUUUUUUUUUUUCAAUUACUUUUUACGCUUAGUCUAUUUCUAUGUGGAUAGUUUUGAUGUUCUAUAGUUUGGUAUUUUU